AUGCGUGUCAUCAAUCCGCUCCUGUCCCUCAUAUUGCUCCCAAUUAUAAAGGGUUGGGUCCCGUCAGGAAUAUCGUCUGGCACCUCAUUUCUGCAGCGGCAACGCGCAGCCAGUUGUUUGCGGUCCAUCGAAGUGGACAGUCUACUCGAAAUGGAUGUUGUGGUGUACUCCCUACAGAACGACGAAAACAAGACUGAACGGCUCGGUGCGGUACAAGAAGACGGUACACUGUCGCCGCUAUCCGUAUGGAGCGUUGAGCCGGCCUUUGGCGACUCUUUGGAGUUUCUGGUCGACGAAGAAGAUCGCUUUCCUGGCCUCACCGCCGAGGAUGUGAUCGUUCACCGCAUCGUGCCGCAAGAAUCGCUGGCCUACGGUUCCCGACAAGUAGGUGGUGGAAUGGGACCCAGCAAUCCACACGGUGAAGAGUCGGAGCUUCUGUAUUAUGUGGACGAAAACAUUAUUACAAAUAUUGAGCUAAUCGUCAAACCGGAGCUCGAAAUAUUUUGGUAG